AUGUCGAGUUUCGAUGAGAAAGCCCGAUUCGGAGUGAGCGAUCCCAAGCCCGGGUGGCCUUUGCUUCAGACAGCCGGCUCGAAAGCUCGACCGUCAAAGGAUGCAAGAAAAAUAUCGGUCGUGAAGUGGGUUAUGACGAGUUUGCCUCGUCGUUCUCUGUCCUUACCCGCAUAUCCCGAGUUCGACACGUCAGCGUGUACGAACGAGGGAGUUUUUCGAAGAGAAUAUUCGGAGCUUUUGCUCGACAAGUGUAACUCGAUCGGAUGCAGAGUUUUCGAUUAUAAUGUGAUCAAAUGUUCGACUUCUAAUUUCUCAUCAGCGAAUCUCAUCGGGAAAGGAGGAUGCAACUCCGUAUACAAAGGCGUUCUUCCGGAAGGAAGACCAGUUGCUGUGAAAGUUCUAAAGUCGUCUAAAGAAUCUUUAAAGAAUUUCAUGCUCGAGCUCGAUAUAAUCACGUCGAUAAACCACAAAAGAAUCACGCCAUUGCUCGGAAUCUGCGUGAAAGAUAAUGAGCUCAUAUCUGUCUACGAAUUCUUGUCUAAAGGAAGCCUCGAACAAAAUCUACACGGUGACGGGAAGGAAAGAUCUAUAUUGUCGUGGGAUUCGAGGUUUGGGAUAGCUUUCGGCAUAGCCGAAGCUCUUCAUUACCUACAUAAUGAGUGCUCAAAGCCUAUUAUUCAUAGAGAUGUCAAGUCUUCAAAUAUCCUACUAACUGAAGAACUUGAGCCACAGUUGUGCGAUUUCGGACUAGCAAUGUGGGGGCCCACAUCGCCGUUUCUCUUGAUGGAUAGCGAUUUAGUCGGCACAUUCGGAUAUUUGGCUCCUGAGUACUUCAUGUAUGGAAAAAUAAGCGACAAAAUCGACGUGUACUCGUUUGGCGUGGUUCUGUUGGAGCUGAUUUCAGGGCGAAAAGCCAUUGGUUUGGAGACUACAAAAGCUAAAGAAAGUUUAGUCAUGUGGGCUAAACCAAAACUAGAAAGUGGGGAGUUAAACUUAAAGAGCAUAUUGGAUCCUUGUUUGGGUGGCAAAUAUGAUGAAACUCAAUUGCAGAGAAUGGCACUUGCUGCAAAACUUUGUCUAAAUCCAGCGGCUCGGAUUCGUCCUGGAAUCGAAAAGAUACUAUGUAUCCUAAAGGGGGAGGAAUAUGAGGAUGGAGCAAAAUUAGCCAAUGAUGAUGAUGAUGAUGAUGAUGAUGAUGAAGUAUACCCAGAUUCACAUGCAGAGUCGCAUUUGAGUUUAGCACUUCUUGAUGUAAAUGACAACUCUACAUCAUUCAGCAGCGUUGACCAAAGCAGCCCUCUUUGUGUUGAAGAGUACUUGAAGAAAAGAUGUAGCAGGUCUUCAAGUUUAGAGUAG